CUAAUAUACCGCCUCGCCAGCGCUCAGCGAUAUGAAGCAAGCUUCAGAGACUCACCAUUACUAGAAGCACAUCGCCCAUUUCCUGUUUCCGCAAACCAUGGGCCUAGUGUCAUCGGCCGGGAAUGACUUAAAUACCUCUCCCUCGCUACCUACUGCUGUCUUACACAUCUCCCCCCGAAAGUCUGAUAGUAAUUUACCCUUUUUUCUGAUCCAGCCCGUCAUGGAUAUCCUGCCUCCGCCAGAUUACCCUCCUGUCAAGCCGACCGAGUAUCCUCAACUCCCAACACGAACGCCACCAGCGACACUCGAACAACUACAUGCUUCUUGCGUCAGUGGUGAUCUCCAGGAAUUCAGGAAGAUUCUUGACUCACAAAGUUCUUCAUCGGAGGGCUUUGAUAUUUGCGACUUGUCUACGAUAAUGAAAGAAGCCAUCAAACGAAACGAUGCGCAGUUCAUCAGAGAGCUUCUCGAUCGCGGCUUACCUAUGGAUCCACUCUAUGCAUUAGAAGCCGUCAAAGUGAAAGGGAAGGAUAUGCUGAAAGUUUUCCUUCAAAACGGAUGCAAUAUCAAUCAACCCGUGAGCGAACUUAGGCCUCCCAUACUUGGUUAUGCUAUUGCAGAUGAGGAUAUGGUAGCUUGGCUUCUUGAUCAUGGAGCUGAUCCCAAUCGUCAAUGCGUUAUUGAUCUCACCCCAUUCUCGUUUGCUGUCGAAAGCGCCCCUAUAUCCGUAAUCCGCCUCAUUCUCAGCCGUGGUGGAGAUGUUCAAAAGGGCCAGCUUCUUCACCAUGCAAUCGAACGAGAGGCGGAUGCUAUCGAGGUCUUAAGGCUUCUCGUCGAAAAAGGAGCGCCCAUUAAUGCUAUUAUGUACGAGAACCAUUAUCCUUCUCGGGCGUUAUUCCAGUUUAUGGGUCUCGGGACAGCUCUGCACAAAGCGUCUGCACUCGGCAAAGCUGAUGUAGUGCACUAUUUGAUCAGCAAAGGUGCCGACCAGAGUAUAAAAGAUACAAAUGGUCGUACAGCUAUGGAGUGUGCACAAAUGUCGGGCCACAGAAAGUGAUCGAGAUAUUAGAGGAUGUGUGGUAGCUCGUCUCUCCCGUGUUCAAUUACGUAUUUUUGGGCACCUGUUCUCCUAGGCUUUAAAUGAUAUAGUUUAUAUACCCAUUGUUGCUAUGUUACCAGAACUGAGAACUACAAUGUUAAUCAACGUUUAAUCAGCGCGGUGAUAUGCAGUGUUAUGUAUUUGAAGGGUUAGUAUUUUGUG